AGGACAAAAUGAAUAAAAGACAGGAACUGCUUCUUUAUGUUUACCUAAAUAGGUGAUUGUCCAGAAUGCAGUCAUUCCACCUUUCUGCCAUUUUGUUUUUCUUCCCUGUUCUUUAAGAGGCUUGUGAACCCCAGACACUUAUAUGUAAGCUCAAAAGUGUCCUUUGUUAUAUGAGAAACCUCCCUGUAUUUCUCUUCUGGCUUCAGAAGAAAAAAAGUUUAAAAUGACUUUGCCAGAGGAAGUGGAGUAAAAUAGAUGCUGUAUUUUCAAUAUAUCUUUUUUUUUAAAUUGUAGUUGAACUAGUAUCUUAAUUUCAUGCAAGGUGUGGGUCACUCACUGUAAAAGCCAAUAUUUUGGGUAAUGAAUAUGCAAGCAACAGGUACAGAGCAAAGAUGUAAGACACUCUUGGCCAGAACAAGAACCAGUCUAUCUUGGUGUUUGGCCUCCAAGCUAUGCUUAGCAUCCAAAUACCUAAAGUGAAGAGAAUUCAUUUUAAGUAGAAAAGGGUCAAUAUAAAUAUUGGGAAAAUUAAUAUAUAAGAAGGGGACUAAAUUCUGCAGAAGGUUUUGCUGCUUUGAGGUCAGUAGUUGCUUCUCCAGCUAGCAAUUCCUAUAGUCCUGUGUUGUCAGAAUGGGACUUUCUAAAAAAAACAAGGUAAAUUGCCACUUUUGAAAGGUCUAGAGAAUUCCUGAAAAACGAGGUUCUGUCCUACCAGUGAAGGUGCCGAUUGCUCAGAAGAAGACGGCCUGUGGAGGCCAGAGUGUGAAGAACGUGUGUCAUCCCUCUGCCUGCCCUGCGGAGGAGCUCCAUCAGCAGCUGCUGGCUGCCGGGCUGCAGGGCAGGCUCCGGCUUCACCAGCUCCCAGGUUCUGGCCGUUCCUCGGCUUUCCAGCCGCCGGGCCGGGGGUUUGUUCAACACACGAUGCCUUUUGCAUUUUCCUGCCCAGGGAAUGUGUUACACCGCACGGGUCUCCCAACACGGACCAUGUCACCAAAGGCAGCCGGGCAGAGCUGGCUCCGAGCUAACCUUCGUCCGAGUGACUUCUCCUCCCCCUGGUCCGGAGCCCAGCUGUUGUCAGUGUCGGGGAAGAAUGUCCCGCAGAAACCUCAGCAGCCUCCCCCGGGCCGGCGGUCCCGCUCCGCCCCCGCCGCGAUGGGGGACGGGCCAGCAGCGCCCUCGGGGCUCCCCGGGGAAAGCGGGGCCGCCUGCUUGGAGCACCUGGCCGGCGGCGUGGGACAUGGAGCAGGCCGCCGGGUGCCCCGCGGUGGGCGGCAGCUACCCGCAGAAAAACGCCGAGAUCCUCAGCAGCCAGUACGGCAUCAACCUCUUCCUGGCCGGGCUGCUGCUCACCUUCGCCUGGGCUGUGCACGCAGUGGGCAUCAGCAAGAGCCACCUGCUCUCCUACCUCAUCACGCUGAUGCUCAUCCAGCUGCUGUGGAUGCUGUGGUACCUCUGCAGGAGCUGCACGCAGAGAAGGCUCAUCCGGGACAAGGACACACACGCCGGAGCCCGCUGGCUGAAGUGUGGGAUUACAUUAUUUGCAGUGAUUACUUUAAUUCUGGAUUCCUUUAAAAUUGGAUAUUAUAUUGAUUUUUCAAACUGUUUAUCACCAACUGAAGGCAUUUUUCCUGUUACACAUGCUGUCCACACCACCUUACAGGUGUAUUUUCUGUGGUGUCAUGCAAAGGAUGUUAUCCAAUCUUUCAAAACACUUGAAAGGUUUGGUGUCAUCCAUUCUGUUUUCACAAAUCUGCUCCUGUGGACAAAUGGCGUGUUAACAGAGUCAAAACAUCAAUUGAAUGAACAUAAGGAAAGACUAAUCACACUUGGUUUUGGGAACAUAACUAUAGUUCUAGAUGAUCAUGCACCUCAAUGCAACUGCACAACAACAACUCUCUGCUCAAUAUUUUCUCAGGGAAUAUAUUACCUAUAUCCCUUUAAUAUAGAGUACCACAUCCUGGCAUCCACGAUGCUCUAUGUCCUGUGGAAGAACAUUGGGCGGAAAGUUGAGCACCACCAGCAAACCAAGACUCCAUUCAAAUUCCAUGGCAUAACUGUUGGAAUGAUUUUUGGACUAAUCGUGUUAACUAGCACAAUAGGCAUAGUUGUUGUGUAUUUAAUUCAGAUUGGAGGCUCAAAAAUCAAGAGUGAGUUAGCACUCACUAUGUUUUACUUGCACGCUAUCUUCGUGUUGGCUCUCAUGUGCACGGCUGGAAUUGUCGCCCUUCUCAUCUACAGACUGGAGGAUAGAUCACUGGAUAAUUCCAAGAACCCUGCUCGAAAACUGGAUGCAGAGCUGCUGGUGGGCACAGCUGCAGGGUCCUGGCUGCUCUCCUGGGGCUCAAUCCUUGCCAUUAUCUGUGCCCAAGGUCAUCCCAAAUACACAUGGUAUAACCUGCCCUACUCUGUUCUGGUGAUUAUCGAGAAAUACAUUCAGAACCUCUUUAUCAUUGAAUCCAUCCACCGUGAGCAGGAGAAGGUGAAUGAGGACAUUAAAACUCUUCGAAUAGUGACCAUAUCUCGGGGGAGCACCUUGUCCCUCAGCCCCUUGUACAAAGAGAUUUACAAUGGCAGAGCUGCUCGUGACAGCGGUGACAUACCCUGUCUGUUUAAAGGCAGCAUCUGUGGGAGAGAAAACGAUGCUGCUGGUGUUGCUAGAGAAGAAACAAGUCAGGACAAUAGUUUGGUCAUGCACUCAGCCUCAGAUUUCUCAUUUUACAGCAGAAACUCAGUUACUAACAACAAGAGGAGAAUUUUGAAGAACAUCGCUGCAUUUUUAUUCCUCUGCAACCUUUCGCUGUGGAUACCACCGGCGUUCGGGUGCCGCCCGGAGUAUGACAAUGGACUGGAAGAAAUAGUUUUUGGCUUUGAACCCUGGAUAAUUGUUGUGAACCUUGCGAUGCCUUUUUCUAUUUUCUAUCGGAUGCAUUCAGCUGCCUCGCUCUUUGAGGUCAAUUGUAAAACAUAGAUCAUAUACGGUCCCUCAGUGAACAAUUGAUUGAAUAAUUAAUUACAUAAAUUACAGUUGAGAGAGUGGAUGAAUGGAUGAGUGAAUGCAGCAGCUGCCCAAUAAAUAGAAGAUUCAAUAAUUUUUUUUUUAAAGAAGGGACAAUAGCUAAUAGCAUGUAAAUUUUUUUUCUUUCCGCAUGUUUUGUUAUAUAUGUGGUGUUAUUGUAUAAAUACACUUUUCAGAAUCAUAUUAGUGUUAAUAUGAUUAACUCUACAUAGUAAAGUUAAUUCAAUCUCAUUAAUCUUUGUUUUGGUCAACUGGGAUUUGUUCUCUAUACAAUUUGUAUGGCUUUGUUUUCAUUCAUUGUGAUUUGUGAAAGGAGUUUACAAAAAAUUCUGUAUGGCUUAGAACAGAAAAUCCCAGAAAGAUCUCCUCCUGAAUCACAGGGAUAUUAGGAAAACUCCAAGUCUUAAUUCAUAGCUUUGGGGUUUUUUUGUAGUAAAAUUAAAAUAAUUUUCAAAUAUUAAUGUUAAUGUACUAAAAUAUUUGCUAGAAAAUUGGGACGUGGGAAUUAGUUUAAAUUUCCUUAUUACAGAUGAAAAUCAAUAUAGAAUUAUUAUUUUGUGGAUAGAUAUAGAUAGUAAGAAAUCCAGGUGAGUAAUAUGUAUGAUUAGAUAUAAUGCUGUAUAUAAUUUUUUCUGAUAAAAUAUAUUUCUAUUAAUUUUCCUGUAUUUACUCUAUGCCA